AUGAACGAUGGGGCCGACCCAGGGACGAGCAUACUUUUCCGGCCCGGCGCGCUGGACGCGAACAAUGAUCGCGCGAUCAGCCGAAGAUUGGCCCAACGCGAGCUCGGCAUCGGCGUCCGAUCCUUCCAACGACGCUACGUGGCCCAAUGCGGCAUCGAGAAGUUUGUCGUCUGCAUCCACGGCCGCGGCAAGCGCGCAUCUACCAGGACGAUAAGUGAAAUAUUCCGGAAGCGAGGCGGGCUACUCGGGAUGAGCUACAACGAGCGCUGGUUACUCGGCAUUAAUAUUAUAAGAGAGGUCAGCGCGUACUACGCUGACUUGUACAUCAUGCAACUUUUCCCGGGGUAUCUCGUCCUGGAUCGAAUGUUGCGAAUCGAGAAUUUCCCCUACCACGGCUUGGUGCAGGUCUUUUUCCCCUGCGAUGCCGAUCACUGCGUGGCGAAAGUUGUCGAAUACGAAUCCUGGAACGCCACAAAGUGUCUGCAGGGCCCCUCGUCGCUGGAAAUGGGGAUUCAUUUCUACCUGCCCAGCCACGAUCUCCACUUUUCCAGCAACACCAUCGCCACGUUCACGAGACGACGCUAUAAUGACAAGGAGCUGGGCAAACACAACGUGCGCGUACACCGGCACGGCGCCGUGGUGAACUGUGGGACGUGCCUGGUCAACUACCAUUUUCUCGACGAGCGACCCGUGCUGUCGACGACGAAAAGCUUAUUGACGACGCGGGUCUGGUCUGUAGUGAAAAAUGAUAGCGACAACCAGGACCCGGCCCCCAGCUCCAUCCAGCUCGAGAUUGGCGAAAAAGUGGCGAUUGCCCCCGCGAUUACCAACGAGGUGUUCACGCGCGUCUCCUAUGGGCUGAAAGCGUUCAUUGAUGAUGGUCCCGAAGAACCAGGGCCCGUCAUCGACAAGCCGCCGCUGUACGUCAGACGACAAUCGCUGGACAUCGAGCAGUGCAUAGAUGUGACCCUGCGGCGUUUCUUCCACCAGACAAAACUCGUCUAUCAGGGAUUCAGCGACUAUGAGCCGGAAAUUGUGCAAAUCGAGCACGGCAUCGCCUACCUGUCAAUCUACUGCGUCGCCGAGUUUCAGCAAACGAUUGAGCGAAAAGUGGAGAACAAAUUCUUCGUCGUCGACGUGAAGCUGAAAUGGGACCUCUUGAAUAGCGUCGUCUACCGAAUGGACAACCCGCGACUGCUGCAAAAAGUUUGCCACACGAAGGUCUACUCGGCGCACUCGUGGUACCCGCUGACACGAUACCCCGUUGAAAUGUCCACCGAACUGUGCGCCGUCGACAAUUUGCCAAUGUACAGCGGCAAAAACCUGAGCUCGAUCGGCUGGAAGCACGGCUCGUUCUUCAUCAGCAAGAAGGACGACUCGGAC